GCUUCGGGGUUAGGCCCUCUCUGCCCUCCCGCCCGCGGUUCCUCGCCAGGCCGCCCCCAGCGCCCACGAUCCGGCGGCUCCUCGGAGCAGGGGCCGCGCCCACGGGGUACUCGCCAGGCGCGUUGUCCCUCGCGAGGCCUGGGGGCCGGCGAGGCUGAAGCAUCCGGAUGGGCCUGAGCCCGGCCGCCGGGAGGUCGCACCGGCUCUGCCUCCCUAAGUUUCCUCGAUCUCGCCCAAAACCCGCCUCGAGAACCGCUAGUACCGGCUCAAAAGAUCAUCCUGCACCUGGACAAUCAACUGUGCCCCCCUCAGAAUCCGUGGAAUCUCAAGCGUUGGUCCAGCUCCUGCCUAAACAGCCCCAGCAGGACAUGUUAGAACAAGACAAAAGUGGGGAACAGGGGGAGAAGCCUGUAGUUAAUUUAGAGACCACACCCAGCCAGAAAGGAUCAGAGCUGAAUUCAACACCCCAGCCUGAGAGUGAAAGCAAGUUAAUAAAGAAAGCACCUGAGGGCAAACCAAGACCCAGACCUGGAGACCUGAUUGAGAUUUUUCGUAUUGGUUAUGAGCACUGGGCUAUCUAUGUGGAAGAUGAUUGUGUUGUCCAUCUGGCCCCCCCAAGUGAGGAUUUUGAGGUUGGCAGCAUCACUUCUGUCUUUAGCAACCGAGCCAUCGUGAAAUAUAGUCGACUGGAGGAUGUGCUACAUGGCUGCUCCUGGAAGAUCAAUAACAAGCUAGAUGGGACGUACCUGCCCCUGCCGGUGGACAAGAUCAUCCAGCGUACGAAACACAUGAUCAACAAGAUAGUGCAAUACAGCCUGAUCGAAGGAAACUGUGAACACUUUGUCAAUGACCUCAGAUACGGCGUGCCCAGGAGCCAGCAGGUAGAGCAUGCACUGAUGGAAGGAGCGAAGGCUGCAGGAGCAGUUAUUUCUGCUGUAGUGGAUAGCAUAAAGCCCAAGCCAGUAACUGCCUGAAGGUGCUAAAAACUCCAAGUAGAGAAGAGCUACUGACACCAGCAAGAAGAACUUGUCUCUCUUCGUCCCCUUGCCGUCCUCUCUCAGUGGCCUCAUUUAAGAAAAUUGUGAGCUUCUGGAAGAAUCUAGAAUGUAUCCACUUAACCCUCCAGAAAUGCAUCCAAUAUAUGUGAUCAUAGGCCCAUGGGCUCUCAGGAUGGGAACUAAUAUCUAUUGUGUAUCUAUUUUGCGCUGGGCACUGAGCUAGGCAUUUCAUAUUCUUACAUAAGUUUACAUUUUUGUAGAAAGGGACCUUGCUUGUUUCUUAGGUUGAUCCUAGUGUGUGAUGCUUGAAUACCAUCAGAAAAAUCCCAGAAAACCUCUGCUUGAACAUUUUCUGCAAUGAAGAACUCUUUCCAGAAGCCCCCCCCCCUUUUUUUUAAAUUGAACUAAAAUGACUAGCUUUAUUUCAGCUAGUCUUGCCCAUUUUGACCCACAGUGCAGUUCAGGGAGAAGACUUCAAGAACAACAAUCCCUCACUAUUCAGGGU